CCGAUGCAUUCAAGCUUCACUCACACAAAUCAGGGAAGUUAUUUGGUUUUACAGUGGUAGGUGCCUGUUUCAGAGACUGGUGAAUGACUUAACAACAAUAAUUAGCAUAUUUAUAUAACACAUUGUUUAUACGUGGGGUUUGGAUUCUGAGAGACACUAAUAUCAUUUCCUGAACAGGAGGGAUUCCUGGAAGUAUGAAGCAAUGGUUCGUUUGGCAUUUCCCCUCCAUUCGAGCUACUUCUGUGGGUGUACUCGGGGUCUCAGAUGUGCAAUCCUGCCCAGAGAGAGCAGUUAUUUUCUUCCAUCUUCCUCUCAUCUCUGGAAGCUCCAUCAGUUUUGGGAUAGGCAGCAAUUAUUCCAAUCUCCCAUUUGCCUCGAACCAGAGCGGCCCGUCCAGCGCCUUCCCCAGCCCCGCGGAGCACGGCGGUGACAGCAGCCUGCUGGUGUCCCCACUGCUGGUGGCAGGGGUGGUCAUCGGGCUGGUGCUGUCCCUGUCCUGUGCCACCAUCGUGGUGGGCAGCCUGCGCAAGGACAGCCGGCUCGGCCAGCCGCACCUGCCCAGGGAGGCUGCGGACGCUCCAGAUGGUUUCUCUCACGGCGGCUCCUCUGCAGAGCUGAGAUCCACCUGCAGCGAGGAGUUCCCCCCUGCCUGUGAUUUUGACUCCUAUCUGGAUAUACUUUCUCAGGUGCACAUCAUGUAUCCUGAUCCACCUCCAUGCUACGACGAAUGUGUGGGGCCAGGAGCGACACAAAUAUAUAUUCCCACAGAUGAUCCCCCCCCAUAUUCCCUUACGGACCCUUGCCAAAGAAAUGAAAUACCUAUAAAUAUCUGUAACAGCCAGGAAGAGGAAGCAGCAGCUGGGACUGCAGGACAGGCUGCACAUUCUGCAGUGAGGCUGCAGGACUUGCAGCAGCCCAUCUCGGUGAUCUCCCAGUGCGGAGGCUGCUCCCCCAUCCGGGACAGUGGGGUGUGAGCACACCUGCUCCAACAGAAACAUGGAACAUUCUCCCACUGGCCAUCAGACCCCAAACCUUGUCAAUGAAAGUGGCUCCUUCCUUCAAAA